AUGAGGGAGGGCAAGGUUUUCCUCCUACUGCAAAUGGUUAGUCUACUUGCUUGGAAUGUAAGGGGUAUUAAUGCCCCUAAUAAGCAAAAGGAGGUUAAACUCCUUUGCAAUGAACACAAUAUUGGAAUAGUAGGACUUUUGGAAACUAAAGUGAAAGCUAGUAGGUGUGAACGAAGAGGAUUAUGGGAAUAUUUGGAGAGCCAAAGGGUGGUUUGCAAUAGCCCAUGGAUGGUUGUAGGGGACUUUAACUCAGUCCUUCAUAUGGAGGAUAGAAUAGGGGGAAAUCCAGUCUCAAUGCCUGAGGUAGUGGAUUUCAUUACAUGUGUAGAAAAUUGUGGCUUGAUUGAAUUAUCACAACAUGGUAGUAGGUAUACUUGGAAUGACAAACAAGGUGAACAAAGAGUAUUUUCGAAAAUAGAUUGGGUUUUUGUGAAUAGUGAAUGGAUAGACAACAUGCCACCUUACAUAGCUACUUUCUUACCAGAGGGGAUCAACGACCAUUGUCCUGUGAAAAUUUCAUUGUUGGAUGCUCCACCAAAAGCAAAGAAAGCAUUCCAGUUCUGUAAUGUAUGGGUAAACUAUCCACAGUUUAUAGAGAGAGUGAAAAGUAUCUGGGGUACUCACAUUGAUGGUUGUAGGAUGCUGCAAAUAGUAAGGAAGCUAAAACUACUAAAGAGUUUGAUGGAAUUGAUGGAACUAAAUGGCAAGCAUUUUAGGAAUAUAAUCUCAGAAGCUAAUGACAACAGAGAAGCCCUAAUACAGGUUCAACAAGCUCUUCAAGCUAAUCCAAUAGAUCAGCAAUUGCAACAGGAGGAGAAAAUGAAAUACCUGGAAUUUAGAAGGACCUCAUAUCUGGCUGAGAUGUUCUUACAGCAAAAAAGUAAGGCAAAUUGGCUUAGACUUGGGGAUGACAAUACCAAAUACUUCUUUGCAGUCAUCAAACAUAGGAAGUUACAACAUGCCAUCACACAGCUACAGGAUAACCAGAAUGUGCUGCAGACAGAUUCAAUUGCCAUUGCAAAUAUUUUUGUAAAUUACUAUGAAGACUUAUUGGGAACAAGGGAAGUGUCAAGGUGCAAAGCAAAUAAGAGAAUUUUGAAAAAUGGUCCUACACUUUCAGUAGCACACUAG